GGGGUCCCCCUCCUUUGCUCCGUGCGGGGGAGCUGGCCGAGGAGCCCGGCUCGCAGGGCAGGGAUUGAGCAAGGGAGUUGUGGGGCUGGGGAGCCUUGUGUGCGGGCAGGGGGCUUAACUCAGGGACUAGCCAGGAAAUCAUUAGAGCAACGCCUUCACCCCAGGACUUUAUAGGGUCGAACAGCAGCUUGCAGGGGUCAGAAGCCCUCCCAUCCCUGAUUGAUCAGGGUUUUUUGGUGCCUGUCUGUCUGUCUUCGCCAGGACAAUUCCAUCCUUGCCCCAGGAGGGGACCUCCCCUGCUCCUGGUUGUUUCAGGGGAUCAGGGCAUUUGCUGUCACUCCACAAAUGGGAUCUGAAUGUCCCUGCAGUUAGGAAUUCUUGUGAUGAAAUAUUGUAGCAGACAGUGUUAAGUGCUCCAAUUAGGAUGACCAGAUGUCCCUGAUUUUAUAGGGAUAGUCCCAACAUUUGGGGCUUUUUCUGCUAUAGGCACCUAUUACCCUUCACUCCCCUCCCGAUUUUUCACGCUUGCUAUCUGGUCGUCUUAGCUCCAAUGGGGGUGGUUUGUUGCUAUAUUUUUAUAUGAUUUAUGAGCAAAGACAGCAUGGCCCUGUGAAUAAGCCGAUUGAUUAUACUGAAAAAUCACUUACAAAAUGAGACAAGUACGCUAUUGCUUCAGCCAGUUACUUUCUGCCCUGUUGAUUUUGGGCCACUGUUAUGAAUUCUAGGUCUCUUACCCUCUUCGUAAGCAAACACUGCGUGGCGUAUAUAAAUAGCUCACUUCUCUGCUGCUUGAUUCACUGCUCCACACUUCCUGCUUGUUCUCAGCGCAUGCACCGCAGCCUCCUUACUAUUGCUGGAGUUCCAGCUCAAAAACAAAGGCACAGAGAUGAUGAACCGCUUCUACAUGGAAAAAAGAAAGGAAGAGCAAUAGAAGGGGUGAAAAAAAACCAAAAGAGGGUGUGAUUGACUCCCAAGGUGCGCUCUGCUCUCAGAGCUGUUCUGAUGAAGCAGAAAACCUCCAGCUUCCUGUGUGUCAAAUGCUGAACAAACACCCUAUGCUCGAUAGUUAAACAAACCUCAGAUCUGUGUGACAGGAAAGUGCGAAUACCGAUGUGAAGGAAUCUUGCUUACUCUUCAUCAGAGGAGCCAUGCAAAUUGGAAAGGGAGAGGCAGUGUGAGGAAAUUAAGACUCUGACGUCUUUCCCUUGUCCACUAUUUUACUUAAAAAAAACCACCCCAAAUGUAAUGCCUGUUUGAAACCCUGACGUAGGAGAAUGUAAGCUGCGUCUGUGGAAUAACUGCAGAAUUCAGACAGCAUAUACAGAACCAGGAACCUUCUUUGGACUGGACUUUCAUUGAGAUUUGGCUAUUGGAAGAAGUCAGUCUUUUAACAUAGACUAACGGUUUAGUUUCUUCUAGGGUCUCAGUUCUGCAUUCCGGAUGUUUCUCCUCUUCAGAUACUGUAAGCUAGCAGCUCAAUAUGAUGGAGUCCAGAAACCAGAGGGUUCUGCACCUUGAUGUACCAUCAGUCAUUUAAAUCAUCGUGUAAAUCAGUGACCUGUUAAACUGGAAAAACUACUCUUAAUCCAGAUGGGUAAUAUAGCAUGACACUCCUUCCUUCCCUGAAUAGAAAAGUGAAGGAGGCUGAUCUUGGCACCGAGGGAGGGACAAAGUACUGUCUGUGAGAGCCACAAUUACGGGCUGACCCCUAAGGAUGCUUCAGGCCAGAGUGAAGUUAAUUGUAACCGGAGAUGACUUUGGCUACUGCCCAAGGAGGAACCAAGGAAUCGUGGAGUGUUUCCUGGCUGGAGCAGUUUCCAAUGUUUCCCUUAUGGUCAAUGGCAGCGCUGCGCCAGCUGCAGCACAACUGGCAAGAAGGCAUAACAUUCCAAUAGGUCUGCACGCCAACCUGUCUGAGGGCUCUCCUGUCUGCACGGCACUCAAGAAGAACUCCUCCCUGCUCAACAAAGACGGAUUCUUCCACGGAAAGAUGGGAUUCAGGACGGUUCUAGCAAAAGGUCUCCUGAAAAUGUCAGAGGUGAAACAGGAGCUAACGGCACAAGUUGACCUCUUUCGUGAAUUGACAGGUCAUGUCCCUCAUCACAUGGAUGGACACCAGCAUGUUCAUGUUCUCCCAGAGGUUAGACAUGUGUUUGCACAGGUGUUAGAAGAGUAUGGGAUCAAGUAUACACGUGUGCCAAUAGAACUAGGCCUUCACAGCUGUGCGUGGAUAGAGCCACCUCUAAUGGACUUUUAUCUGGGAGUAGAAAAAGAUUCCCUUGACACAGUAGAUGUGUUUACAAGACACGGAAUAAGGUGGGCUGACAUUUAUAUAGGUUUGAGUACCAUGGGCAAAAACAUGUCCGUCAGCAACAUUCAGAGCGCCAUUGAUACUGCCGUGGCGGCUUUUGCUACCAAGGAAAAUUCUCUGACGACUCAAUUUUCACCUCAACGUCAGCAAGGCAGAACAGUCACAAUUGAACUGAUGGUACAUCCAGGGUACCCCACUAUUCCACCUGUUGGAGGCUGUGGAGAAGGACCAGACGAUUUUUCACAGUCAUGGGAACGCUUGCAUGAACUCCAAACAUUAAUGAAUCCAGAGUUGCAAAGCUAUUACAAAACAAGGAACAUUCAACUUUGUGCAUUUAAAGAUCUUUAAGCAAGAGAAGAUAAAUAUAGCUUGUACCGAGAGGGGGGAAGAAUCUGUAGCUGAUAGUAUACCUCAUUAACGCAGAAGGGAACUGUGAAUGGACUGGGAGCAGCCUAUAAACUAAUUAGAAAUACCUGGACUCUCCAAUGCACCUAGCGGCAAUAUCCCAGCCUGUAUCUCUCUCAUUGUCAUCAGAUUUGUAAGACACCUCAGCUGAUUUGAAAGUGAUGGAUUUCUUUUGUGUAUCAUAUUCACGCUCAACCCCAAAAUUUAACUUGAAAGCCAAGGCCCAACUGUCAGACUAACAAACCGUUCCUGCAGAUGCUGCAAUAGCAGAUAGCACAUCCACCCAUGGCUGACAAUCAUGCAUCAACUUUUUGAAAGAUUUUUUUUUGUGCGGUGGCAGGGAAUAGUUGCAAAAAGAUACACAGCCUAGAAAGUAAAGCCUCACCUGGCCAAGGGAGGCGGAUUUCUGUAAGCCUAGUAACUUUGAGCAUUCCCUUCAGAAAUUACUGUAUUGUCCUUUCAUUUUUUUACUUGAACUAUUGCAUCUUUACUCAUGUCUACAGAAAAGGAAUGGUCAUUGCAAACAUUUUUUUCUUCACUAAAAGUAAUCAACUUAUAUUAGCCUUCUGAUGUCUUCAAUCAUACUCCAUGCAAGUAGCUGGAUGCAGAGUUACUGUUCUAUUUAAGUAGGCUCUAGCCAUUACACACUCAAAAGAAAAUUUUAAUGCCAGCACUUCCAGACAGGCUUUUUAGAUGAUUUUACAAGAACAGCAAUCGUUGACCCAAUUAGCUAUUUCAUGAUGACUGUUACCUGUAAAAAUCCUACCAUCACCUGUCAAUACACCACACUUUGCCCUUUCUACGUGCUGUGAUGGCCACUUAUUGUAAACAUAAAGAUGUUCUAACAUCUAGAGGGGGCAAUGACAAUGAGAAGGGAAAAACUCUAAUUAUCAUCAAAGCUUUCUAAUUUCUACAGUUCCACUACAGGUCAGUUUUCAUUCCUCUGGUACUUUCUGAAAAAUCCUCCUUGUUGUAUGAGAUUUUUCUGAGCUUCAUGGCUGCCCAAAGCGUAAUUUAAUAUGUCAGUGCUGUUCAGCCAUCUUGGCUAUAUAAAGAGAUGGAAAAAUGCACUUCAUCCAAGCCUGACCAGUAUUUUCCCGCUUUUAGCUAAUUCGAACCUAAUUUUAGCACAAAGCCUUUAUUUUUAUAAAGUCUUAACUGUUUGAUGCAUAACCUGUAGAAAAAUCAAAGUCUACAAGAGCCCAGUCAUACUAGGGCUGUGUGCACAGAGGGCAUGAUUAACAGGACUUAUUUGGCCUCCGGUUCCUAGCCAACUGGGAACUUUCUUUGUGUAAGGAAAAAACAAACAAACAAACAAACCUAACAUUCUUGCAUCUGAAGAAGUGAGGUUCUUACCCACGAACGCUUAUGCUCCCAAUACUUCUGUUAGUCUCAAAGGUGCCACAGGACCCUCUGUUGCUUUUUACAGAUUCAGACUAACACGGCUACCCCUCUGAUACUUGACACCUAACAUUAAGAUUGCUAUAUCAAGCACCUUUCAGGCAAUUCCAUAAACUUAGAUUAGGCUACAGUAUUAAUUCUAGAUUUACAAUCUCUAUUGUAAUAGGUACAUGGUGUACAAUGUGGCUGAGGCAAAAUUACAAAAGAAACCAAUUUUUGGAAGUGCUUGAUAUGUCAAACAACUUUACAUUAACACCAGUCUUUACAUUUAGUGGUAAAGUUUCCAGGUUACUGAUUGUGAUAAAGUAUAAUAAAAGAACAAGGGAUGUAAGAGUUGCACUCAACAAUGAAAGAAUGAGUUGUAAAAGUGCUGUUAGAAGUAUGAGUGCCACCUAGUGUUUACUAUAUGUUGUUCAUGUGCAGUAAUAUGCCUGGAGGCACUGUGGAUUAUCUAAUACUGUAUCUCAGAUUUUUACACGACAUGACCUUGUUUUAUUACAUAAUUUUUAACCUUU